AUGUCACCUUCGGUUCCCCCUCCAGAAAGCACGGAUACAAGCACGCCUUGUGUCAUGCUCAGAAUUCUUCGUACGAUGACACGAUCAGCACGCAUUCGUCAACAAAGUUCACGUGCGCCAUGGGUCACGGCCGUUCCUCAUGACAUCUCCGAGAUUCUGACCGCAUACAACUUAUGCGGCAACAUCGCUGCCGGAUAA